GUUUCGCAGAGUCUCCGUGUGCAAGUGCAGAAAGCAGAAUUUUUUGUAAUUUCGCAGUGCAUUGUGCAAUAUUUUGAAGUUAAACAGAUUGGUGAAAACGAUUUGACAUUGAUUAAUUACUACGACUAUAUAUAUAUAUAUAUAUAUAUUGAUAAACAAAUUUAAACUUGGCAAAUUAUGAUGAAAUUGGCCAGUGCUUUGAUUCCGCUGCUCUUUGUGGCCUACUGUGCGUAUGCGCAACAUCAGGAUUACACCACCCCCGUGCCCAUAUUGAAGCAGAUCGAUAAACACAAUGACGAUGGCUCCUAUACCUAUGGCUAUGAGGCGGCUGACAAAAGUUUUAAAAUCGAAACCAAAUAUCCAAAUGGUGAAGUCUAUGGCAAAUAUGGCUAUGUAGACGACCAGGGCAAGGUGCGGGAGAUUGAAUAUGGAGCCAGCAAGCGUGGCUUCGAACCAGCUGGCAGUCACAUCAAUGUACCACCACCGACAUUGACCAACAGCAAUCCCUACCCCUUGGGGCCCAAUGAAAUCGAUGAUGGGCAAUACCGUGAAGAUCCAGCUGUCUAUUAUAAGGAUCAGAAAUAUAGUCGUCCCGUCGCAGCCAGUAAAUUCAGCCUAAAUGAUUACGGACGUGGACAGCAGCAGCAGCAGCAACCACAACCAGCACCACCACAGCAGCGUCCUUACUAUAGCAAUCCAACACCACAAUACUAUAAUCCACCGGCACCUCAGCCACGGUACUAUCAACCAGCCCCACAACCAGUCCAACAGCCCUACUAUGCCCCCCAACAGCCACAGGCGCCCUACGCUGGUCUGCCCAAUCAACAUCAUCCGGCAUUGCGCAAUUUGAACAUUUACACGGGCUCCUACAGCAUUGACUAUACGGGAAGGAAAUAGAUACAGAUGGAUGGAUGAAUGGAUGGAUGGACCAGAGUUGUAGCUAUUAAAGUCAAAUUUUCCCUUUACUGCCAAAUAAUUCAGUCACUCUAAAUUCUUUAUAUAUAAAUACAGUAUAUAUAUAUGUAUAUUGUAUAUAUUUUCUAUUUUUAAUAAACUGACGACCGACCUGUGGAUAAGUCGAAGAUUUGAAAUUCAA